GUCGUAUCUAAAAAUUUGCAGUGGAAGUAUGCAAGAUUUGUAAUAAGAUUAUUGCGUGUCAAGAAUUCAUCUAAUUGUAAGUUUAAUCAUUAUUGGAAACAUUACGGUGGAUUAAGAGAAAGAAAAGAGAACUUUUGUGGUAUAAUGUUCAGCAAUAUUCUUUUGAAAUAUAUGUCUCAGCAAAUAGCGUUGUGAACAAACUCAGAUUCUCGCCGCUGUGCUACUUUUACAUCGACUCGCAUGUUUGUUUACACAGAAGUCGUGAGAUUCGCCAAGAGCUCUUAAAAAAUUUACAGAAGACAGAUAGAUUACAUACAUGAUAUGACAAAAGUUUACACAGAAAUGUAUAAGGAAUGGAAUAUAAGAAGAGAAAAUGAGCAUAUCGGAAAUUUAUUUGCCAUCCCAUAUUGCUAUAUUAUUGAAAUAUUAAAGCUUUUAUGCGUUAUACCUAAGCUAAAUGUGCCAAUUAUUCCAGAAGAUAUUGACGUUUUAUACUCUAUAUGACAAUUUCCGACUGUUAAUAUUCGGAGUGAUUUCGCUCAAAGUCACUCGAAGUUCUCGUUGAGCCGUCGCUACCACAAGCUGUCGAAGAUCGCCGCACUUGCGCGUUGAAAGUGACGUGUGGCACGCUUUCCCACGAACCCCUUAAGUGGUUCAGUGUGGCACCAUCUACGCGUCCGCAACCACCGUUCGGCGUCGCGACAGUGCGGAGGCAGCAGCAACCAGCAGCAUCCCGUGCGCAGCAUCCGCAAUUGCGUGGUGAUCCAUCCAUUCUUACUCUCUCCCCCGCUCCGUGCGCGCGCGGAGUUCCUCGCCGGAAAGCGUGUCGCGGGAUGCGUCGCGCCGAUCAGUGGUGGUAAAUCGAAUCCCGAUAUCCCAUCUCGCUGCUGAUAUAUCAAGACCAGGCCGAGCAGAAAGUGUUGCGCGCUUGCUGGCCGAUGAAGGCGCGUAAGAGCCGCGACAAAAAAGGAGAGCUUGAAGGACUCGGGGGCGUUUUAGGGAGCUCCGGGGGCGCCGCGCUCGCCCUUGGCGGCCGACACAAGCCGGAGGAGCUUGCCACCCUCGCGGCCACCACGAGAUUUUCCCGAAAGGAGAUCCAGCUGAUCUAUCGGGGCUUCAAGCAGGAGUGCCCAAGCGGCUUAGUCGACGAGGAUGCCUUCAAAAAGAUCUUCUCGCAGUUCUUUCCGCAGGGAGACGCAAGUCAGUACGCUCACUAUGUCUUCAACACCAUGAAGAGGAAACCAUCCGGCAAGAUAAGCUUUGAGGAAUUCCUCACUAUACUGUCGAAAGUGUCGAGAGGAUCGGUGGAGGAGAAGCUGCAAUGGGUAUUCGGACUGUACGAUCUGGACGGCGAUGGUUUGAUAAGCAAGGAGGAAAUGCUGGACGUUGUGGGUUCCAUCUACGAGAUGCUUGGUCGCUACACGCAACCGCAAAUCCUCGAACCACAUGUGGCCGCUCGCGAACACGUUGACCGCAUCUUCCACUUGAUGGAUGCGAAUAAGGACGGUGUGGUGACCAUCGAAGAGCUGGUGCAAUGGUGCUCCAAGGACGAGCAAUUGUUACGAAGUCUCGACACUCUGGACACCGUAUUAUGAGAUCUUAACAUUCUACUGAAGAUUCCAGUAUCGGAUUAUCAACUACGCUUUGAGCAAUGACGAGGCACAGAGUAUCGUGAAACUUUUCAUCGAUUUAUCCGUGUCGCUUUACGCAAAUAAAGAGGGUAUGCAAAUUAUUCUUCAAAUGAUUACGCGUAUGAAAAAAGUUUAUCGAAAAUGUUAAAAGUAUUUUCUAAAGAAGAUUAUAAAAUUCUAGUUAAAUCUUUUGCGAAUCGUAAGCUUAUGAUUUACAGGGAUAACGUACAUUAUUCAAGAUGUCGUUUGCAGCGAGAGAAAGCCAAGCGCAGGCAGUCAGAUUGUCAUUGCUCGAGACGUGACUGUAAAAAACGACGCUAACCCUUUCGCACGUGUCUUUGUAAAUAUGUAUGUACCCUGUUUACUUACCUACCCAGUCUUUCAUGUACAACACUUCUGGUACGUCACUCGACUCUUGAGAAUCUAAAAGAACCGAUUAUUCAUAAUUCGAAAUUUCUUGAAGCUGCGCAGCUUUAGAAGUUUGGAAUGUUAAAAUUAUAUUAAAAUACCGAAUAUAUUACAAAAUAUUGUUAAAUUGUUAAUUAUAUUGCAGAAAGAGAACUAUCGGUUCAUCCAGAAAUUGUUGCAGAAACAAAAAAGAAAAAAGAAAUAGAUGAGAGCAAUCGACAUGAAUUUGAUCUGUAAAAGCAAAAAAAGGGGGUUUCAUAAUUUACGAAAAAGAUUUAAUUUUUGAUCUUUUUAAAAUUUUUUUAAAUUUUAUAGAAUGUAAUGCUUAGAAAUUUUUUAAAUUUUUUUUUUAAGAAUUAUCACGGACAUUCGCGUAGUCGUAAAAUAUUUAAACAUCGGGAUUUUUAAUGGUGUAGGUAUUAAUCGAUUGAUUCUUUGGGCGCAAGUCUGCCCUUCCCUACAGCACAGAUAUAGAAAACGAUGACAUCUUGCAUAAAUGUAAUUUUGAUGUAUGUCAAUAACAAUACGUGUGGAAAACACAAGUUUGAUCAGUCAUCAAUUUAUCUUAGCAUAUAUGACUAUAAACAAAGUUGCAUGGGAUUAAUCAAAAGUAGAAAUAUAGACAAAAACGAUUAAAUACAUUUUUAAUUGCAUAUAUUUAUCGAUUAAUCCCAACCAAUUUUUGAACAAGAUGAGGUUUUUAUAAUAUUUUUUAAAAUUGUUGAAUGCAACAUUAAUGUAAUCUUAUAAAAAUUUUGCAAUUUCAUGUCUUUAUAAUGUCUCUUCAACAUUGCAAUUUGCAAAAUCGUAACAUUAUUGCAAUGUGUAGUUGAAAGAUUCUGUGCUGUAUGGGCUAGCUCUUUAAGAUUUCCAAAAUUUGAUCUUUCAAUCUUAAUGUAUUAUCGUGAAUGCCGAAUUUGAACUUUUUGUUCAUCGAUUACGAAACAAUACUCUUCUUGGACCAACUGAAGGAAACAAAUGUUAUCCUAUUAUCAUUUGGUCGAUACCUCGUGUGAUUAUCCUGUACCUUAUUAUUACAUAAUGUUAUCGAUAUUAAUAAAGAAUUAUUAUUAGAGUUAAGGCAACUCAUUGUCUGCCAUGUGUGAUGUCAAUAGUAACGACACAAUAUUUCUCAGAUCUUUUUAGAUCUUAAUAUUAAAUUUUUCAUUUUUAAGAAACUAAACUUCAAAUCCUUUCAUUACAUAUAUUGUACAAUCUUAAAUCUUUACAGAUUACUCGCAAAAGUUGCCAUUUCUGCGUUUUUAAACGCUUCAAUCGUGUAAACUUCUUAAUUAUUUAAAUAUUCUUGAAUCCAUAAAUUUAUAUUCUUUAAAUUUAAGAAAUAAAGUUUUCCUCUAUAACUUUAUUUCGAUCUUCAUGGCAGAUGAAAUGUCGACACCACUAAUUAUACUUGUUCCCAAAAAUUGUUGAGAUUUAAGAUAUAUAAAAAAGUAAUAUCUCUUACAGAAACAAACUAUAUUGACUUUGUUAAGAGCAUUUCGUGAAUUUAUUCUUAUUCGCAUAUAUUGCGAAUUUUUCAGCGUUGUAAACGCAAAACACGCCUUUUGCGUUUACCGAGAUUAGGAUGUAGUGUGUACAUACGUAUAUGCACUUUUGUUAAAACGCAUGUACACUUAUGCAUACCUGAAAAAAAAAAUAAAUCUUUGUACCUCGAAA